CUCGGACGGCACGUGACCGUGACAGCACCACCGCAGCAGAACAGAGAUGUCUUUGCGCUGGAGGAGUCCAUUGCGGAGAUGGCUCAGUCAGACUUCCUCCACUCAUCUGCCGACAAAGGGCAAGCCUUACUGCGCGACUGCCACGACUUUACAACCUGAACUCGUAGUCAGGCAAGAGUUGCCUGCAUCACUCCUCAUGGCUCACCUCCGCUCAGCAGCUGUUCCUAUAGCGCGCAGGUGCCUACUGAGAAGCUUCACCCCCGCCCCACAAGCUUCCUUUGUCCACAAUGGCAUCCGCUACCUAUCCUCGACCGCGCCCCGCCGCAGCGCGUUCGCCGUCAACGACCUGACGCAAGUCUUCCACCAUGUCGCGCCCCUGCGCAAGUUUCGCCGCGAACUCUUGCUCAACAACCGCACCGUGGGUCUCGUCCCAACUAUGGGUGCCCUGCAUGAGGGCCAUAUUUCACUGGUGAGAAAGGCAGCAGAAGAGAACACAGACGUCUGGGUGACCGUCUACGUGAACCCAACUCAGUUCGGACUGAACGAGGACCUAGCCUCCUACCCCAAGACAUGGGAAACGGAUAUGCAGAUGCUGCGCGACCUCGACCGGCAACUAGCGCGCGAGGGCAAGGGCCGCGUGUCCGCUGUCUUCGCACCCAACACCAACACCAUGUACCCCACAUCACCGCCGGACAGCAGCAUACCGGGCGUGGGGAGCUUUAUUGAGAUGCGGCCGCUUGGCCAGCUGCUGGAGGGGACCUCGAGACCGGUCUUCUUCCGCGGCGUCUCGACGGUCUGCAUGAAGCUGUUCAACAUCUGCGAACCAGAUGUCGUCUACUUUGGUCAGAAGGACGCCCAGCAGACGGUCGUCAUCAAGAAGCUGGUCAAGGACUUUCAUCUAAACACCAAGGUCCGCAUAUGCGAGACGUCGCGAGAGGCAGACGGCCUGGCCCUGUCGUCGCGCAACGUAUACCUCGGUGAGCGCCGACGCAAUGUAGGCAUCGUCCUGAACCAAGCUCUGCGCAAGGCCGAAGCACAGUACAACGCUGGCAAGCGGUUACGAGGAGAUAUUCUCUGGCCCGCAGUCGACCACGGAGACCGCGUUCAGCACGAGCAGGAGAACCUGCAGCCCAGCAGGCGCGCGCUGUUCCAGGUCGACUACCUCAGUCUCGCAGAUCCGGACACCAUGGAGGAAGUGGACAAGGUUGACGAGAUAAGGGGUGCCAUUCUAAGUGGCGCGGUCAAGAUGAUGCCUGUCGAGGAGCCUCAAGAAGGAGAAGAUUUGGGUCUAGGGGGCGGUCAGGUCCCUGUACGGUUGAUUGACAACAUUGUGCUGCAGUCAACAAAAUAAGUCUUGAAAUGCCACAACACGUUCACGCAUCCUCUCAAUUUAUCUGAGAGUCUAGAUACCGUUUCUUCUCGCCUCUCCCAUUAUCCCAAUGUCCACUUGCGCUGCUUACUGUUCCAUUGAUUCUCAUUUUGAUUAGUUACCCGUUAACUUAUCCAUUUUUCAUUACCG